AUGAUCAGGAUACACAGUAGUGCAGAGCUGAAGGAGAAGAGGCACAUGUACCAGAAGGCGGAGAGAGGAAAACUGUCGCUCCGGUGCUGUGCCCCAGACCUGCCAUUUUUAGAAGAAGUUCGACGCUAUCCUACGUGGCGACCCCACCUCCACUGCCAAGAGCACCGCAGAUACUUCGGCAGCUGUAAAAAGAAAAAAUAUUCCCACGACCUCCCGACACUUAGUGUCGUUCUCAUAUUUAUGAAUGAGGCAAUGUCGAUCAUCUUGCGUGCAAUUACCAGUAUAAUUAACCGAACUCCUUCUCAUUUGCUGAAAGAAAUUGUCCUGGUAGAUGAUUACAGCUCAAAUGAGGAUCUAAAAGGAAAUUUGGAUGAACAGAUAAAAAAAUACAAUGCAAAGCAUCCUGGAUUGCUAAAAAUUGUGAGGCAUCAGAAGAGAGAAGGCCUAACACAAGCUCGGAUUUCUGGCUGGGAAGCGUCUACUGCUGAUGUUGUUGCAAUCUUGGAUGCCCAUAUUGAAGUAAAUGUCGGAUGGGCUGAACCUAUUCUGUCUCGAAUCAAAGAAGAUCGCACUGUUAUAAUAUCUCCAGUAUUUGACAAUGUUCGCUUUGACGACUUUGAACUUCUUGAGUAUGCUGUGGCUGCAGAUGGAUUUGACUGGGCACUAUGGUGUCUCUAUGAACCAUUACCAAGGGAAUGGUUUGAGCUCAAAGAUGAAACGGCUCCAGUCCGGAGUCCUUCUAUUAUGGGGAUACUUGCUGCACAUAGAGUGUUUCUGGGUGAGAUUGGGGUACUGGAUGGUGGAAUGCAUAUAUAUGGAGGGGAAAAUGUGGAACUUGGCCUGCGGGUUUGGCAGUGUGGUGGUCAGAUAGAAGUCUUGCCCUGUUCAAGAGUUGCUCACCUGGAAAGAGCGCACAAACCCUACUUGCUGGACUUGAGCAUUGCUGUGAGACGCAACGCCCUGAGAGUGGCUGAAGUGUGGAUGGAUGACUAUAAAUACAUGGUUUAUUUCGCAUGGAAUCUUCCUGUUGAGAAUCCAGGAAUAGACUAUGGAGAUGUUUCUUCCAGAAAGGAGCUAAGAAAGAAACUGAACUGUAAAAGCUUUGACUGGUACAUAAAGAACGUUUAUCCUAAUUUAAUACCUUUGACCACCAUUGUUGGCUACGGAACAAUGAAAAACACUCUGAAUGAGAACAUCUGCAUAGAUCAAGGCCCUGUCCCAGGAAACACUCCAAUAAUGUAUGGCUGUCAUGCUUACUCACCACAGCACUUGUUUUAUCUCAGCACUGGAGAAAUGUAUAUAGGAGGCCUACGAUCUCGACAGACUACAGUAGAUCGGUGCCUAACUGACCCUGGCACAGGGGACCUGCCAUUUAUAGAGCAAUGUAAUGAGGCUGUGAAAAAGGGACUGAACAUGCAUUGGGAUUUUAAGCAGGGAUCAUCCGUGAUGAACAAGAAAACUAAGAGAUGCCUCGAAAUUGUAAAGGACAAUCCAUCUUCGCCUGCCAGACUUGUAAUGCAGAACUGCAGUGGACAAAAAUGGAAUAUUCAACAUACAGUUAAGGAUUGGGGUAAGAGAAGUGCUCUGAGAUAGCUUAUUUAUCCCAACCAACAGAUGACUUGGCAUUGACUCUAGGAAGCGGGGAAAUUGGGAUCACCAGGAAAACAUUUUCUUCAGAGGUUUCCAAAGAAGAGCAAGACUUCUAUGUUGCUAGGAUACAGAUUAUCUUGGGUAGACUCUAUAACAUUUUGGAGAGCAUAUAAUGGGUAUGAAGGAAUGUAUGCUCUGAAUUAUGGGAGGAUAUGGGCACAUAAACAGGAGGGUGACGGACACGUACCAGUUAGUUAUCGUUGUGUGUAUUUAAGUUGGCAGUCAGUGAGGACAAACUGGAACCAAAGACUGGAUGAGAGAAAAUUUAUCUUGUGUAGACCACUUGGGCAGGAGUUUGAAGAUUCUGUGGUAGAGGGGAAACUAAGGAAAUGCAAACAGAGAUGUUGUUAUAAAGCAGGGGUUCUCAAACUGGGGGUAGCAAGGUUAUUAUAAGGGGGGCAAUCUCUCAGCCUCCACCCGAAACCCCGCUUUGCAUCCAGCAUUUAUAAUGUUAAAUAUAUAAAAAAGUGUUUUUAAUUUAUGGGGGGGUCACACUCAGAGGCUUGCUAUGUGAAAGAGGUCACCAGUAUAAAAGUUUGAGAACCCCUGUUAUAAAGAAUGUAUUAUUCAGAGGUGACCAGGACCUACAGCUCCCAUUAAUUUCAGUUGGAAAGCCGGGUAUUCAGUACCUCUCAAAAUCAGAACCAAGGUUUUUUGUUUGUUUUUUUACAAUGUGACCCUUCUAAAUAAGUGGCCUGAUUUUCAAAAAUGUUGAGCUCCCAUUGAAAUCAAUAAACUACUUGCACUGGCCUCUUAUUUUUGAAGAUCUUGGUUGAGACUUAUACAUGAUAUCUGUACCCUGCCUUUUAUAUUCAGGGGCCCUUCAGUGGAUGGGAAAUUACCCUGAUUUCAGCUUGACCUUUAUACACUAAUAUCCAGAGAUGAGCUGCCAAAAUAUUAACAACAGGUUCCCUCCUCACCCCACGAGGGGGUCGUUGCCCAUCCCUGCCCCCCAGGACUCUUGCCCC